CACCUCAAGUCAAAGACUCAUACCAAGAGGAAGGCAGAAUUUGAAGAGCAGAAUGUGAGAAAGAAGCAGAGGCCCCUAACUGCAUCUCUUCAGUGCAACAGCACUGCGCAAACAGAAAAAGUCAGUGUUAUCCAGGACUUCGUGAAAAUGUGCCUGGAAGCCAACAUCCCCCUGGAGAAGGCUGAUCACCCUGCAGUCCGUGCUUUCCUGGCUCGCCACGUGAAGAACGGAGGCUCCAUACCUAAGUCAGACCAGCUGAGGAGAGCUUACCUGCCUGACGGGUACGAGAAUGAGAAUCAGCUCCUCAACUCCCAGGACUGCUGACCAGGAGGUUACACCGUGUGAUCAAGAUAAACAAUGUGGAGUAUUAAAGUUAUGUGUUGAUUGUGUGGUUCAUUUUUAUAUUUAUUUCAUUUAAAAUCAUGUGAUGGCAGAGUAGUUUUGCAUUGUGUAUAUAGUUGCAGGCAAAAAAAGGCUUCACUGCAGAACUUGCUAAUUUUAGUCACCAGUGGUUUAAGUAAAACUUAGGGAUAGAGUGUGCUAGGAUACCUGAAACCUGAUGGUUAUCUUUAAAAUUGAUGGGUUUCUCCUGGGAUGUUUCUGCAUGGAAAAGAUUCCAUGCUUUUUUUAACCCCUUGUGAGAUUAUUUAAUUAUCUGGAUUGAAGACCAGUGUGGAAAACUGAAGCUGCUACCAGGCAAUACCACCCAGAGUAAGGAACUUAAUGAAAUUAUUCUGAUUAGAGGAGCCUCUUCAAAAUGGAAGAGGAGGGCCAAGGGGACAGCUCAGCAGCAUGAGUGCCUGCCUGGCAUAAGCAAGGUCCUGAGUUCGAUCCCUGGUACUGCAAAAAGGAAAAAAAGGAAGAGGUGAUGGGAAACUUAUUAUAUAGCAGAAAUGACUUAUUCCAAAGUAUGUUUCACUUGUGUUUGAAAUAGUUAACCUAACCUUCAGUUCCUCACUGCCUUUUUUUAAAAAAAGUCUGUUUUAUUUAGUAGCAGCUUCAAGUGACCAAAAGACUAACAUCUUUCAAUGUUAGUGCCAAAAUCCACAGGGAAUUUUGCGGUGACAAAAUAUGUAUCUUAUUAUAUAUACCGUUUUGAAACAUUGCUUUCAUUUUAAGCAUUUUCUUGAAUAUGCAGUUUUUUAAAUGUCUUUGUGUCACUUCAGACAAGUUAAACAGUCAUUUUCUGGUU